AUGCAAAAUCCAGCACAAGAAGUCGAAUCUGUAGUAAAAGCAUUGGUGGAAGCAAGAGAUGCAACCGAACAAGCAAUCGCAUUAAGAACAUAUUAUACUCCAAAUGCAUCUUUUGAUCACCCUUUAUGCUCAGUAACAAGUGGAAAACAAUCAAGAGACCAUGGAUUAUUACAAAUCUAUCAAUGGUUACGUUGUAUGUCAAAUUCAACAAUCGUCGUGCACAGUAAAGCAUUUGACGCUCAAAAGAAUCAAUUAUUCUUAGAAGCAACGCAAACCCUGCGUCCAACUUUGGCACCUUUUAUUGGCAUUCCAGCAAGAAUCUUUGUCGUUUUGCGCUUGGUAAAAGGUCAUGACGGAAAAUACUACGUCUUACGUCAAGAAGACUAUUACGCCAUCCAAGAACUUCCAGGAAAAUUGGCUUACUUUGGAGGUCCAUUCAUCAUCAAUACCGCAAAAACGUUUGCCGGAUUCAUGUGUUACCUCUUAGCACUCUGGUUCGGAAUCAUCUUGGGCUUCUGGAAACCACGCCCGAUCGCACCAAAGAAGUGA